AUUUUUAGAAGCCUUUCGAUAACGGUUUAUCCGGGUCUCGGAGAUCAUGUAUAAACAUCUUCCGCGAUCGUCCAAAGUUCAAUACUCUUCAAGAUGCUCUUUACUAGCAAGUCCCUCCUGCUCGCUCUGAGCACUCAGCUCUUGGCUGUGAGCGCUGCUCCAGUCUCGAGUGCCUCAUCCUCUGAGGUCAGUCAGCCCACGCCUCCUGCCGGGGUUGCUCAAUAUGGCAACUAUGGAGACUAUGGCAAGUACGGCAACUACGCUUCCUACGGCUCAUACAAGAGAGAUGAUGUCCCUGAGGGGGAGGGCGAAGAUCCUGAGCCUUCCACCACGACCACACCUACUGAAACCCCUACCCCUACUCCGAUCAACUAUGGCAACUACGGCAACUAUGGACAGUAUGGCUCCUACGGAGCGUACAACUUCGAGAAGAGAGACGACAGCAGCUCCACGACCGAUUCUACUACUACCUCCACACCUACUGAGACGCCUAUCAGCUAUGGAAACUAUGGUGACUACGGGAACUACGGUGGCUACGGCUCUUACGGGUCGUACAAGAGGGACGAGGUCCCCGGGCCUGAGGAGAGCAAGACUACUACCUCAUCUUCGACCCCUACCACUACCCCCGUGGACUAUGGAAGCUACGGUAACUACGGCGAGUAUGGCUCCUACGGAAGCUACUCCGAAGCUGCUGUCGCUCAAGAAUAAGUUAAGAGUGACGGUUGUGACCACGUAACACG